AAAUAAUCCAUCCAUGAGGUACCACCACUGCUGCUAGACUUGGACAGUGGCUGGCUGCAUCAACUGAGCCAAAGGUUGACACAACAAUCCAGCACUUCUGAAAGAAAGAAUGAGUGUGGUCGGUGUGUGUGUGGUCUAAAAAGUUAGUCAGUGUGAGGGAAAGGGAAGGAAAGGAAAGGAAAGGAAGGGAAGGCAUGUCUGUUUGUUUCUUGGGAAACUGAAAAAUGAAAUUUUAGUGUUGGAAGGGGUAAAGAAGUGGACAGGAAAGUUUAGAAAAAGUUACGAAUAUGAAUGGCUGAGACUUGGGAGGGACAGCUCUUUAAACUUUGUUAUUUCUUGUAGGACUUUUAGACAAAGCCCAUACCCGAGUUACCUUGCACAAGAAAUUAAAGAAAGAAAAAGAAAGAAGAAAGAAACUUGCCUUGAGCAGGAAAAGUUUGGUCUAGGAGUACACUUUCAUGCGAGUCAUUUGUUUGAAGUAGUUGGUUGCUAUGCCACAGCAAAGGUUUCAAGUAUCCUCUGGGGCUCUCUAGUUUUGGAUAAGAAAAAAAUGAAUACGGAGCCAUUGAACCAGAAAUCUCUUGAGAGAGUGGUGUCACAGAAAGCUUUACAAAUUGGCAGUUCUUUUUCAUUUCAAAUUUGUGUGGUGGGUUUUCUUAGUGGAGUUUGUCUCACCUCUUUGUUUUUGGCUGCUCUUACUUCACUGGGGACUUUUGAGUUUGGUGGCAUUUCAUUUUCUUCCAUCUCUCUGGGAAAUUCUCCUUUGAAUUCUUCAAGUUCUGGGUUUUUCAAUACAGUUACAAGUGCAGACUGCAAAUUUAAGAGAGAGGAAAUCCUUACAGAGAGGUGGGUUGACUCAAAGAGAAGUGAAAAUGGGGUUGAUGAUGAGAGAGUUUCAUUAUUACAUUCAGCUUGGAGUGCCUUACUAUCCGAAUCAGUAGAUGGAGAAAUUGCAUUCUGGAAAAGUUCUGGACUUAGGAAAUCUGCGGUGCCAAAUGCCCCUCAUUUGGAGAACUGCAAGUUGAGUGAACAAAUAAAUGAACAUCUUGAUAAGCGUGCUGAGAAUGAGAGGCUUCCUCCUUGGACAACUUGGAAGGGAUUAUUAAACGCACACCCUGCAUCUAUGCCCACUGAGCAACUGAGGUACCUUAGGCAUCAAGCAAUACCUGAAGGCGCUUAUCCUCCCUGGAUUACUGGAUCGGAUGAAGAAAACUAUCCUCUUACUAGGAAAGUGCAGCGUGACAUAUGGCUCCAUCAGCAUCCUGAGAACUGCAGGGAUCCUAAUAUAAGAUUUCUGGUUGCUGAGUGGGAGAGGUUACCUGGUUUUGGUAUUGGAGCCCAGCUAGCUGGAAUGUGUGGGCUUCUUGCUAUUGCAAUCAAUGAGAAAAGAGUUCUUGUUACCAGCUACUAUAAUCGAGCCGACCAUGAUGGUUGUAAAGGUUCUUUGCGCUCCAGUUGGUCUUGCUACUUCUUUCCAGAAACAUCCCAAGAAUGUCGAGAUCGUGCGUUCGAGCUAUUGGGUAAUAAAGAAGCAUUGGAAAGGGGAAUUGUAACUACAAAAGACAAUUACACAUCAAAAGAAAUAUGGACUGGACGGACUCCAAGGGUAUGGGGCGAACCGUGGAGGUUCUUGCAACCAACAACGGAAAUAAAUGGGAGUUUGGUUGUGUCUCAUCGUAAAAUGGAUCGAAGAUGGUGGAGAGCACAGGCAAUACGCUACUUGAUGAGAUUUCAAACUCAGUAUACGUGUGGUUUGAUGAAUGUUGCCCGAAAUGCUGCUUUUGGGAAGGAAGUUGCAAAGAUGUUUCUUACAAGUCUCGGCAAGGAAUGGCCAAAGGAUUUUGGGAACAAGAGAAGGUCGGAUAUUGAAGAAUUUGUAUGGUCCAAUCACAGACCAUGGACUCCUAGGCCAUUGUUGAGCAUGCAUGUAAGAAUGGGAGACAAGGCAUGUGAGAUGAAGGUGGUUGAGUUUGAAGGUUACAUGCAUCUUGCUGACCGGAUCAGACAGCAUUUCCCACACCUCAAGAGCGUUUGGCUAUCAACUGAAAUGCAGGAAGUUAUCAACAAGUCCAAGCUAUACACGAACUGGAAUUUCUACUACACGAAUGUAACACGCCAAGUUGGGAACAUGACAAUGGCCACUUAUGAGGCGAGUCUGGGCAGGAAAACCAGCACAAACUAUCCCCUUGUUAAUUUCUUGAUGGCAGCAGAAGCCGACUUUUUCGUCGGAGCAUUGGGUUCAACAUGGUGCUUUCUCAUAGAUGGCAUGAGGAAUACUGGAGGGAAAGUAAUGGCUGGUUACUUGAGCGUUAACAAAGAUCGGUUCUGGUAGGUAUUAUCUAUCCAAAGCAGGUUUGUAAGUAAAAAUGGAAUGAGUUCAUCUGUAAAUGAGUUUUAAUCUUUGCACCAUAAUGUUCCACUUGUACGAUGUACAAAUAGUAGUGUGAUGAAAUAAUGAAGUGUUUGUCUGAACAAGGGCGCAAAUUUCUGCAAUUCAAUU